AUGGGAACCUUGGAGGAGUCCGAUCCCCGGCUCAGAAUUACCGCUCGUAAUGAAAUUAUCGAUAGACUUAGGAACAACAAAGUGCUGGCAGUGAAAACGGCUGAUACGGGGCUUGAGGCAGGAUUCGAACCCAGCCCACAAUUCGGCUGGACAUCUAGCAUGGAACAAGAUGUAAUUGGAAAUUCUACUAGCCUCAAUGAAUGGAAACCUAGUCCUUUCAGAUGGGAUUAUAGUAGUAACCUCGAGAGCAUCAAAAAUGCCUCUGAACUCUGGGCAAAAGAGUUUGUGGAUUUCCAUGAACAGAAUUCACUAGAAUUACAUCGUACUUUGGACAGCGACAUAGAUCAUAUUCCAGAUGAGAUUCUUAAAGUUCUUUGGAGAGGAGAGGGACGCCGUAAAAGAGAACGCCGGUUCCAGGAAGCACGAGAUGCAUUUAGAGAACUUGCUAAGAAUCGAACGCGAGAAGCCUUGAGGGAGUAUCAGAAAAAGGUGGAAAGCGAGAUCGACGGACUUUCUGUUAAGAUCGCCGGAGCUGACCCUUUAUUUAGUGCUUGGACGUGCGGUGUAGAUGUAAGCAUAAAACCAUACAUCAGAAACCAAAAUCAUGUUCAAUAUCAAAGAUGUAUGAGUCUUUAUCGGGUUCCGGGGGGCUCGAGAUCUGUUCACAAUUCGUUCCUAUCCUUGGACGAAGAUGGGAAGCCAGUCUUAGACGGAGAUGGACGCCACGUAUUGAUCAAGAACCCCCUAGAACUUUAUGCUUGGUAUCCGGGAGAGCUGCGGACACCCAUUCUAAAUUAUAACCAACCAGCUUCUCUUAAUACUAUCCGGAUGGCUUGCGCUGCUCUCCGAAACAACUUCCGUAUUCAUAAACCGACGUCGGCCAUACAAAGUGGCCUCCAUAUCCACUUCGGACAGGAUAAGGGAUAUGGGUUGUUACAUCUUAAGAAGUUCUCGACGCUCUGGCUUAUUCUUGAGGAGAGCCUGGAAAGACUUCACCGACGCGAUCGGUCUAACGAAUCCAACCGUUAUUGCUUACCUAACAGGGUAAGGUCCCCAAUCGCCGUGUCAUUGAAAGCUAACACCAGGGACGACUUGUCGGCCAUCGAAGAAGAAGACCCCGAAGCUUACAAAGAGAAUAUGGCCGAGAUGAAUAAUCAUGUACCAUUUACACCAGAUGAAGGGGAUACUUUUAACCUCGGGCAGAUCCGAAAUAUAAUUCAUGAGGUUUGGAAGUACCAAACUGUCUCGGAGGUAACUGAUGGCAUGUCUGGCGUUAAUAGUCCUUAUGUAAAAUACCACAUUUCUGGCAAGGAUGUAUCAAAGGUCCAAGAGUAUUUAAAAGGGACGUUAGAGAUAAGGCUCAUGCAGGGGACGUUAGACGCCGAACACAUAUUGCGCUGGAUGAAGAUAUGCGAACGUAUCAUCAUUUAUUCUCGAGACACGACGGCUCGACAAUUCCGGAACGGAAUACUCAGAAUACUCAGUUUAGAACCCUUCAACAAAGUAAUUGGAAUUCCUGACGGAAUCAUGGAAUGGUUUCGAGAACAACAGGGAAUAUCGGGAUAUUUUGAAUACCCUGAUGAGGACAGGGUCGAUUGGGAGGACCCUUUCAUGGUUCCCGGACACGGUGCCACUCAUAGGUAG